AUGACAUCAUUAACAGAGACAAGAUAUAUUGUAAAGAAUCUAUAUAAACAAUUGUUAUAUUUAGGAAGAAUAUCAUUCUUGGGUGUUGAGAAUGUUAGGAAUAAAGCUAAACCUCAAUUCAUGGCGAAUGCACAUCUCACUGAUUUGAAUGAAAUCAAUCAAUGUAUAGAGAGAACAAGAUAUGUAAUCAAGGAAGUUGAAGCAAUGCACAGAUUUCAUAAAUAUAGAACAUUAAAGAAAGCCUACGAUCCUGAAUUUCAGAAGAUUAACGAUCAAUUUGAUAUUGAAAAGUUUACAUUAUAUAAUAAUAAUAAUAAUAGCAACAAUAACAAUAAUAGCAAACAAUAA